AUGGGGGACCCAUAUUACGAGGAAUGGCAUCGGCCGCACGAAGCGCGAUUCCACAAUUCCGUUUUUGACACGGUCUCCCGGCCUUUGUCCAGACAGUCGUCCAAUCAGUAAGUCAGAGGACCAAGCCUUCUUCAUUAUUUAGCAGUUCGUUUCAUUUCGGGAAGUCUGAUUUUUUGCUAACAUUAAUCUCAUAAACGUCUAGCUAGGUAGCUCCAUUGGUCAAAUCUCCAAGUUGAGGUUUAUAGGGCAUCUUUUGUACACUUAUUGGACCAUUAAAUAUGUCAUCCAUCAAUUCUACCGGCUCAUGUAAAAUCUUCGGCAAAUGCUUCCGUAAUUCCCUCGUUUUACGUGGCAUACAGUAGGAGAAAUGUGGAAAGCAAGCUGUUUAGCAGCUUAUGUGACAACCCUAACAUUACGAGCACAAUUAUGUCCUCACACAUGUUUCCGAGUAAAUUGUACAGCUCCCUUCCCUAAUACUGCCUUUCCCAUCCCAUGUUCUAUUUUUGAAUUAUUCCCCGUCGUUUACUCAAGGUAGUCUUGUGUUGAACAUUAUCCUAGUUUUGUUGCUGUUCCCAUUUGUUGUGACGAACAGGAAACCUGUGAAUUUUUGCAAACCUUGGGAACAUUAGACGCAAGAGCUUUGGAAAUUAUGGGAAUAGAAAUGAGUAUAUAAAAGGCCAUUAUAUUGCUCAUAAAGUACUUGCUCAUUCAGAAGUCGAAAUCAGAAUCACGCGUUUGCUGAUACGAAAAUACCCUGGGAUCAUUACGGGAAGCGGCUGAGGAUAUAUUUGACAAAACAAGAGAUCGAACGAGGUGGAGAUCUCUUCCAAUUGGUCCUAAACAAGGCCCGAGAACAGAUCCCCAACUUCCAAGGAGUUUUGGCCUAUAAUAAUUACGGUGGAAGACAGGUAAGUAGAUUAUUGAACGAACCUGUUACCAUCCCCAAUUUUCGUAGACAACCCCCAUUUGUAGAUUAUUCUAUAUAACGACGCCGAUAUUCGGCGAGCAUUACACGAGAUGGGGCAGAAGCUAAAGUUAUACUCAACGGUGGUGCCAGACAAGGGAUACAUUGCUGCCGCGGAUAUUCGAGGAGGCCGAUCUCAGUCCGUUCCACCACAAGUAAGUGAAAUAUCGAAUCCCUUAACGCGGGAAGUUUCAUGGGGUACGAUGCUCAGAUUUUUUUAAUUUUGCACCCUUUUGGCUCUUCCACAAUUCAGCUCUUAAAAAUCUUAACUCAUGUUUUGUAGCGAUACUUUCUUGUCGACCAGAGAGUAAGCGAUCUCCGAAGACAUUUCAGAGAAAAAAACUUUUUCAGUGUCGUUGCAAAAUUUGCAGGGAAAUUUUUUGAUUUUUGAGUCUUGUGACGUCAUGUGAUGACUAAAUACGACUGCUUCUACAACAUAAAAAUUAUUCUUUUCCAGCAGAACCGAUAUUCCCCUGAAGGCAGAGCUCCAUCCUCGAUGGAUUCCAACUAUCAAUACCGAGACAGAUCUCAACAUCCACAAGGGGCUCCACCUCCUCGACCUCCUUAUACUCCAGGUAGCGGCUCGUAUGUUCACAGUCAAUCCUACGGCCAGCCUCUUUUGUAUGGAAUGCCUCCUCAGAAUAUGUUAUUAGCCCACUUUUUGACAGGAGGACACUAUCCUUUUACAAAGUUUUCCUGGGUUGGUCCCAACAAAUACCACAACUUUGGACCUUACCCUUACAAACACUUUUAUAAUAAGGGAGGAUGGGGACCCUCCUGGUAA